GGAGCGGGGCGGCGGCGGGGGAUGCGCGCCUUCCUCUCCCUUCCCUCCCUUGCCUUCCCCGGCCGGCGGUAGCGGGAACGCGGCUCCGGCAGCUGCGGAUCCGCCGAGCAGCGUGGAAACUUUUGGGCGAGUCGCUGCCGGGCUGCGGGCUAACUUCCCUCUCCCUCCCUGCUCCUUUCUCCCCACUCCCUUCUACUCACUGCUCUCUUCUCCUUUCUCCCCCCGGCUUUCCUCACUCCCCCUCCUUUUUUCUCUUUUUUCCCGUUUUCUCUCUCUUUCGUCUCUUCCCUCCCUGCUCCCCCUUUCCCGCUCCACUCUGCUCCUCUCCCCCUCCGCCUUUUGUUUUCGCAGAUAGUCGGCACACAAAGCUGGUCCCAGAUUUGAGCGACGGCGAGACACCCUGAUGUGUGAGCCUGGGGCGCGCCAUGGAUCUGACUAAGAUGGGGCUGAUCCAGCUGCAGAACCCCUGCCACCCCACCGGGCUGCUGCACAAAGCCAACCAGAUGCGCCUAGCGGGGACGCUGUGCGACGUGGUCAUCAUGGUGGACAGCCAGGAGUUCCACGCGCACCGGACCGUGCUGGCCUGCACCAGCAAGAUGUUCGAGAUCCUCUUCCACCGCAACAGCCAGCACUACACCCUGGACUUCCUCUCGCCAAAGACGUUCCAGCAGAUCCUGGAGUACGCCUACACCGCCACCCUACAAGCCAAGGUUGAGGACCUGGAUGACCUGCUCUAUGCUGCCGAGAUCCUGGAAAUUGAGUACCUGGAGGAGCAGUGCCUGAAGAUCCUGGAGACUAUACAGGCCUCCGAGGACAAUGACACCGAGGUCGCCAUGGCUGACGGAGGUGCUGCUGCCACCACGGAGGAGGAGGAGGAGAAGAAGUCGAGGUACAUCAAGGGCCUUAUCAUCUCCAAGCCUACUGGUGAGGAAGGUGGCUAUGCUGGCGUGGCCAGCCAGAGUCUGCUGGCAGCCACAGUGGAGCAGAGUCCCUCUGCCUCCGCAUCCUACUGCUCCCUCUCUUCCAUGAGCCCCACAAAGGCGGCGGUGGACAGCUUGAUGACCAUCGGGCAGUCACUGCUGCAGGGUGCCCUGCCACCCAGUGCCCCUGAGGACUCACGCUCUGCCACCACCCGCCGCCCCUCUGGCCUCACCGAAGUCAAAACUGAAGCAAUGCAGGUGGAUGAGGCCUCCAGCCAUGACAGCCCCCGGACAGCCGAGCCCGGUGCCUCCAGUGGGGAGAAGCCUGACGAGAAGGGCAAGGAAGGACCUGGCACCCCGACCCGCAGCAGCGUCAUCACCAGUGCCCGUGAACUGCACUACACCCGUGAGGAGGGUGCUGAGCCACCCCCUGAGCCUAGCCAGGGGCUGCCACUGGGGCCGGAGCCGUGCGCCGCUGCCCCGGGAGAGAAGCCCUUGGGCAUCUACUCGCUGCUGCCGAACCACAAGACUGAGCCGGUGCUCGGUGUGCCGCCCACUGCGGCGUCCGCCCUGCACGUGCAGCCGGCCCUGGCUGUCUCCAUGGACUUCAGCGCCUAUGGUGGGCUGCUGCCCCAGGGCUUCAUCCAGCGGGAGCUGUUCAGCAAGCUGGGGGAGCUGGCAGCGGGCAUGAAGACAGAGAGCAGAGCCCUGGGUGAGCAGUGCAGCGUGUGUGGGGCAGAGCUGCCGGACAACGAGACCCUCGAGCAGCACAGGAAGCUGCACAGUGGGAUGAAGACAUACGGAUGUGAGCUGUGCGGGAAGCGGUUCCUGGACAGCUUGCGGCUGCGAAUGCACUUACUGGCUCACUCAGCGGGUGCCAAGGCCCUGGUCUGCGAUCAGUGCGGCGCCCAGUUCUCCAAGGAAGACGCCCUGGAGACGCACCGGCAGACGCACACCGGUACAGACAUGGCCGUUUUCUGCCUGCUGUGCGGCAAGCGGUUCCAGACGCAGAGCGCCCUGCAGCAGCACAUGGAGGUGCACGCUGGGGUGCGCAGCUACAUCUGCAGCGAGUGCAACCGCACCUUCCCCAGCCACACCGCGCUCAAGAGGCACCUGCGCUCCCACACAGGUGACCACCCCUACGAGUGCGAGUUCUGCGGAAGCUGCUUCCGGGACGAGAGCACGCUGAAGGGCCACAAGCGCAUCCACACCGGUGAGAAGCCCUAUGAGUGCAACGGCUGUGGCAAGAAGUUCAGCCUCAAGCACCAGCUGGAGACCCACUACCGAGUCCACACAGGUGAGAAGCCCUUCGAGUGCAAGCUGUGCCACCAGCGCUCCCGGGACUACUCGGCCAUGAUCAAACACCUUCGGACCCACAAUGGCGCUUCCCCUUACCAGUGCACCAUCUGCCUGGAGUACUGCCCCAGCCUCUCCGCCAUGCAGAAGCACAUGAAGGGCCACAAACCAGAGGAGAUCCCUACUGACUGGCGGAUAGAGAAGACCUAUCUCUACCUCUGCUACGUCUAAGGGAGGAGGCAGAGGGGCAGCAGGGCCAAGUGGCAGAUGACUGGGCAAAAAAAUCCCACCAAACCCGCAGCAUCCAUGGCCUUGUUCAUUUUCAGUUCUCGUUCGUUUCUUCUUGCCAGAAGGAUCCUGCAGCUCAUGCCGGACCGAGGGAUGCACCAGCCCCUUCUCCAGCCCUAUCCACACUGCUGUCCCAGCUGCUUGUGCACCUGCUGCCCUUUCACCCUUGCUGCAGGGCAGAUUUCACCCUUUGCAGCCCCCAGCCAGGCCCUCUGUCACCCUUGGCAUUGGCCACUGGUGCUGCUGGGAAGACCACGUAGGAAAGAGGCGCUUCCCUGAAAGUGUGUGUACAUCUAGUGCUCUGGGAAGGCUUUAAUUCCUGGUGUUCUGUCACUGCAUAGACCCUGCCAUGGAUGCCCUGCAGAGGACCUGAGCUCCCAUGUGGGGCUUGGGCCCCAUUCUGGCAGGUUCUCAUGCUCCCAGGCUGCAGCAUCGCAGGCAGGAGAGCACAGUUCCCAGUGAGCCACAAGUGCUUUGGCAAGAGUGUCCUGGGGGCAUCCUGGCCAGAGGAGGGUGUUUGGAACAGGGAGCCAGCUGUGAGCCAGGCUGCCUUGAGGUGUUGCCUGGUGUCCAGGUGGGCUCAGGGGCACAUGAUGCUGCUGCUCUCCCCAUGACCAAAGACCUCUCUAUGCAUUUCUCCCUCCUUCCCUACCUUCCUGGGGCAAGGGUGAAGCCCCCCAUGGGGAGAUGCAGUUGGUUUGGUGAUAUGCAGUCAGUGCCAGUGUUGGAGCUGUUAGCAUGUGGCAUCACUCCGAAUGCAGGGAUCCUCUUUUCUUCUGCUUAUCUGGGGCACCUGGAAGGUGCCAAGAGUGGGGUUUAUUGCCCAGCCCUCAGCCGCAGGAGCCCACAAGUAAGGGGUGCCCCGUGGGAGGCGGCUUUGCUCGCCGCUUUUUUUGCUUUUUGUUUGGGUUUUUUUGAACUUUCUUUUGGAAUAUUUCCGCAUUUAGCACAUUUUACUUGAAAUUACCUCAUUUUUUUGUGACCUCAUGAGCUUUUAUUGAUUUGGGAGGGACGGGGGUGGCAUGGCUGGGGUGCACCAGACAUGUGCCCAGCAUUGGUGGUGGAGAGGUGGUGGGGCACUGGUGUCCCUGCCAGCCUCCUGUUGUGCAUUAUCCUUACCAAAACUGGUAUUUUUUGCCCGGCCCCAUGGGGCUGGGGGUGUUGGUUCUGAAGCUACCUCUUGUGUUCGUUUUUGUUGUGUUUCUCCUGCGCAGCCACGGGCUUGGUGGUUCCAUCCCACAGUUCUUUUUUUGUCGUUUUGCUGCGUUUGGGUGAAAAGGGGGGAAAAGGAGCUGGGGGGGUGGAACAGUGUCUGGAUAGAGUUUGGAGGGACACUGAUGGCCCUCUGGUUUUGGGGUGCCCUUCCCACCUCUCCUGGUGCCAAGCAGGGGUAGGGCUGUGGGAGCAGCACCCUCCCUCGCGCCCCAGUCCGGCUUUGCACAUGCGCGUGCCUCUGCGCGUGGGACCGUUGCUGCUCUGCGCAGGGAGGACACCGCUGCUGUACAAUCCGGGAUGUGACUGUGGAGAACGGCUCGUUUAAUUGUUGUGCCUAAGAAAAAAACAGAAAAAAUAUUUAAAAAAAAAGAAAACAGUUCUUUCACACAGAAAGUUGCUGCAAUUUCUGGCAUGUGCACGGCAGGUCCCCGUGGUGUCCUGGCACUGCCAGACACGGGUGCCAUGGUGCCAUGGAGCACGUGGCCGAGCUCAUGUGGCUUUUUUUUUUUUUGCUUUAACCUCUCCUUCCAUCCCACCAUCCCUCUCCCUCAGAGACACAGCCCCCACUGCAACAGUGUUGGGGUCAGCAUUGGAGCGAUGCUGCUGUAUCCCGGGCGCGCGUCCCCGCACCGUUGGCUGUGGCGCAGCCCCUGCCACCCCUCCAUAUAUAUAUAUGUAAGUAUAUAUAUGUGUAUCAUAGCAGUGAGGACCAAGCGCCGCACGGGGCCCCGUGGUCCCGGGCUCCCUCUCCCCUGGCUUGUUGUCAGUGUCGUGAGCGCCCGCCUGCCCGUCCCGUUGCUCUGUGUUGCCGCUCGUGGUUCGGGUCCGUCGCUGUCCUCGUUCCGUCUACCUCAGCACCUCUCUGAGCCCGGGCGCAGAAGGUGCCCAAGUUCCCCUUUGGUUUUCUCAGAGUAUCUAUUGGCUCCUAUUUUUUGUACGACUUUUCCUGUCUCACCGUUCGCUCCCCUGCGGUUCUGCUUGCGAGUCCUCUUUCUGUCCUCUAGCCACAGAUGCCGUUAGCUAAAAGUUUCCUGAAAAAUAAAGAAAAAGAAAAAAAAAACAAACCAGUUGUGGUGUCUCCUAGUUGCAGCUCUCCGCAUCUGCCUUCGUCCUGUGUAGAUUCAGAUGCAUUUCUUUGUAAGACUUCAGUGUUUCUGACAGAGGAAAAAAAAAAGACAAAAAAAAAAAAAAAAAAAAAAGGAAGAAUAUACUGCUGCAGGUUUUUUUCUCUCCAUGUGUCACUAAGUGAAGUUCGUGCCUUCUAUAGCAAAGAGAAUAUUUUUUACAUCCUACUAACGGUAGAUUUUUUUGUAGUGAACAUUUUUUGUAUUUUUAUUUAUAAGUCUCAUAAGGAAAAUAGCAAUGUUCAGUUGUAUACCUUGAAUCUGCAGUUAGAAAACAAAAGAACAACCAAUAAAGUUAAUUCCGUUGUCUCAG